AAGGUGGGGCGGAUACACUUUCAGGGAACUUGGUGAACUUUGGGCUUCGUUAAGGUACUUGGUUGUAUUGUUUGGCAAAGAAGUAAAUCAGAAGAACGCCAACAAAGAAGAAGCAUGUCAGAGUCAGUAGCAGUGAUUGGUGCGGGCCUUGUUGGGGCGUUAGUGGCUUUGGGCUUGGGUCAUCGUGGAUACAAUGUGACGCUGUUCGAUCUAAGAGAUGAUCCGAGAACGGCAGGAACAGCAAUCAAGAAGAACUUGCGCUCAAUCAACUUAGCAGUCAGUGACCGUGGAAUACGUGGCUUGGAAUUUGUAGAUUCAGAAAUGAGUGCUCGGGUGUUGAAGGAGAUCAUUCCGAUGCACGGGCGGAUGAUUCACACGCUAGAUGGGAAACAAGAGAGCCAAAUAUAUGGGUUAUUUGGGGAGCACAUCAACUCUAUCGACCGAGCAAAAUUGAACGAGAGCUUGCUCGAUGAAAUCGACACUUUCAACAAGACAGCUGUGAAUCAAAUCAAACUCAAAUUCGAGCAUAAGCUUGUAAAUCUCAACUUCAAUACCAGAGGAGCAUCUGUCGAAUGCGAGGUUAGAUAUGGUGUCAAAAGAAGUUUUGAUUUUGAUUUUGUCAUUGGUGCAGACGGCUCGUAUUCAAACGUUAGAUACCAGAUGCAAAAGUACAUACGUAUGGACUACUCGCAAGAGUACAUCGAUAAAUGCUAUUUGGAGUUGUAUAUUCCGCCAGGUGAGAAUGGAGCUUUUUUGCUCAAUCCAAACCAUCUUCACAUUUGGCCGCGUAAAGAGUUCAUGUUGAUUGCCUUGGCGAAUAGCGACGGGUCAUUUACGUCCACCUUUUUUGGGCCUUGGAGUCUGACAGAAGCGCUGAAGAAGGCGGAGGACAUUGAGACGUUCUUUCUAUCAAACUUCCCUGAUGCUGCUGACCUCAUCGGUAUGGAAAAUGUGGUAAAGGCUUUUACAGGCAAUCCCAAGGGUGCACUAAUGCAAGUUACAUGCAGUCAAUACCAUUUUUCAGACAAAUGCAUCAUUCUCGGGGAUGCCACACACUCAAUGGUACCAUUUUAUGGCCAGGGUAUGAACUGUGGGUUUGAGGACGUGCGAAUCUUGUUAGGGCUACUAGACGAAAAGGAGACCAGGGAGGCAGCAUUUGAUACGUACACCGCAAACAGGCACAAGGAUCUUAAAGCCAUUCUUAAGUUGGCGCUCGAUAACUACAAGGAGAUGUCCACUAAGGUUAUCUCAUCGGCAUACUUGUUGCGCAAAACACUAGACAGCUUUCUGGGGAGACUUAUCCCGCAGUACUGGAUUCCUCUAUACACGAUGGUGUCCUUCAGGGGAGACAUUCCAUAUUCCCAGUGCGUUAGACGGGAAAAAACCCAACAGAAAAUUCUCAAAUGCAUCGAGCUCGGUUCGAUAACGGUCGUUGCUAUUGCUGCAUACUGGAAGUUCAAGAAAUAGAAGAUGAUUACGAUCUGGAGCCGGUCCAGCCCCGUCGCAACUCGUGUAAAUAAUCUCCAUAGUUCUAUAACUGAUGCAAUAGCUCUGUAACUGAUGCAAUAAUGUCUACUCCGAAAAUGACUCUUAUCUAC